AUGGCGGCGGCCGUGGUGGGAGUCUCCUUGAGGCGGCGCGUCCCGGCGCGGCUGCUGCUGCUGCCGGGGUGUCGGGGAGCGCAGACGGCGGCGGCGGCCGCCCCGGCCUCGCAGGCGCCGCCGCGGAUCAAGAAGUUCUCCAUCUACAGAUGGGACCCCGACAAGCCCGGCGACAAGCCCCGCAUGCAGACCUACGAGGUGGACCUCAACAAGUGCGGGCCCAUGGUGCUCGAUGCUCUCAUCAAGAUAAAGAACGAGAUGGACUCCACUCUGACCUUCCGCAGGUCGUGCAGGGAAGGUAUCUGCGGUUCUUGCGCUAUGAACAUUGCUGGAGGAAACACGCUGGCCUGCACCAAAAGGAUUGACCGUGACCUCAGCAAGACCACCAAGAUCUACCCGCUGCCCCACAUGUAUGUGGUGAAGGAUCUCGUGCCGGACCUGAGCAACUUCUACGCACAGUACAAAUCCAUCGAGCCUUACCUGAAGAAGAAGGACGAGUCGCAGCAGGGCAAGGCCCAGUACCUGCAGUCCAUAGAAGACCGUCAGAAACUGGACGGGCUCUACGAGUGCAUCCUGUGCGCCUGCUGCAGCACCAGCUGCCCCAGCUACUGGUGGAACGGCGACAAGUACCUGGGCCCCGCGGUGCUCAUGCAGGCCUAUCGCUGGAUGAUCGACUCCAGGGACGACUACACGGAGGAGCGGCUGGCGCAGCUGCAGGACCCCUUCUCGCUCUACCGUUGUCACACCAUCAUGAACUGCACGAGGACGUGCCCCAAGGGUCUGAACCCCGGCAAAGCCAUUGCCGAGAUCAAGAAGAUGAUGGCAACGUACAAAGAGAAGACGGCGGCGGCGUGAGGCGGACGCRGCGAGGAGCCCCCGGCCGCGGC